AUGUCGGUUUUACGAUUUAAAUUUCUCAUCUUUCUAAUCUGUGUAAUAUACAAUCAAGAUUUGAUUAAGAGCACAGAAUUUUCAUGCAACGAAUCGGCAUCAUGUGGAUGCUCGCAAUACAACGCUAUUGUCAAUUCACGAAUUGUUGGUGGAGAACCAGCUGUCAAUCAUAGUUGGGGUUGGGCUGCUUCCUUGCGUGUAAUUUCUGGAAUCCACAUAUGUGGUGGAACAAUUCUCUCUCCAAUAUACAUUCUCACAGCAGCACAUUGUGUGGACGAUCCUGAAAUUAUGAAUUACAACUUGAAAGCAGCUGUGGGCACCGAUACAUUGACUGAUGAUGAGGGACUGAGAAUUUCAGUAGAGAAAAUUUAUUUACAUCCACAGUGGACACCAAAAACAAACGAAAAUGAUAUUGCUGUUUUAAAAUUGAUCACACCGAUCGAAUUCUUCAAUACGAGUGUUGCUAAAAUAUGCCUACCAUCGAUAAGCGUCUCACUGGCAACAAAAUUUCCCAAGAUCGAUUCAUCGCUAGUAGCUAUCGGCUGGGGAUCGACAACAACACCCGAUGGUGAUACAUCAAAUGUGCUUCGACAAGUCACAGUUCAGGCAAUUGAUAGUCGAGAAAGAAAAUGUAACAAUUCAAUCAAUAAUCCUACUUUACAAUUCUGUGCAGCUGUUUCCGACGGAGGAAAAGAUACAUGUCUCGGCGAUUCGGGAGGACCGAUUAUGUAUUUUUCAGAAGUACAUCAACGAUGGAUAAUUGUUGGUAUCACUUCCUAUGGUCGUGGAUGUGCGUCAAUUACGGAAACGUAUCAGAUCAUUACGAUCGAUGAAAACAGUGCAGCUGUGAGUAUAAGAUCGAAUAAAGUUGUUGUUGUUUCACAACUAUUAUUACUUCUAAUCUUGAUGAUUCAAAUAUUGAAACAUGAAAUUGUCGAGUCUUUUCAUAUUUGUCAAUAA